CCCACCGGUCGAAGGUUUCGUGUAUUUUCUCGUACCAAACAUUUGCCCAUGAACGAAGCGUAUUCGCAGGCAAAACGGCGCCGCCAGGGUCUGGCCGGAAACGAUCGUGGCCAGAAUGAGAACGAGGAGGACGAUUACUUUGGCAGUCAAUUUUCGGUGCCGGCUUCACAAGCGGCCAGCCAACGAAGGUACUUGUCACAGCGCAGCAAUCUGCAACGAUCGCAGGUGGUCAAACCGGGCCGGAGGCCUCCAACGAAUUACUACGAAAGUGUCCUCUUUAUGGCUGGCCUCAGUCUGGACGAACCGGGCGGUGUGGUCGUGCUGAAAUGUGAACCGAUCGUGUUCAUGCACAAGCUGAAAAGUGUCCUGCGCACAAAUGCCGACUAUCCGACGAACGUUGAACGGUUUUUGGCCGGUAUCGAGACGACCAUGAAGGACCGUACCUGUUUUCUGAAGCUGCUCGAAUGCUGCCAGGUGGUGCCGACUACGUCCGCCGCGUACGAUGAUACGCUUCAACCAGUGCGUAAACCGGUACAAGAAAGCUUGAUGAAAAUGUUCCUGCUAGUGGAUUUUCUGCAGCUGAAGCUGAUUGAGCUACUAUUUGCAUACUUGAUGAAGGAAAUCGGAUCGGUUACUGCGCCCGAUGGAGAAGCUGUCGAGGAUUCCAUAGUGGGUUUUGUCCUGUCCCAGCUGAAAUUUAUAGAUCAUGUGCAGAACGGAGAGCUAGUGUUCGAGAAGGUAUUCCAGCUGCUGGAGAAAGCGAAUCGCAAUCCAGUGGUGUUCGAUGAGAUAAUCUUCAGUCUGGAGGAUGUGAUCGACGUGUCCAAGCACGAUGAUGCGCUAGCCCGGCUGGUGAAAUUGCGACCCCGCCCCAAAGACCUGAUUACACCAAGCACCGUUGAGGUGUUCACCGGGAUGUGCCUAAGCGUCCAAACGCUUGAGCUGCUCCGCCGAAAGGUGGUCCAAUAUGUAGCCGAUGGAUGUCCGCUGCGGUAUUAUCCGUCGCUGGUAAAGAUGCUACUCAAGUUUAACCGUACCGAACCACAGGAAAACAUUGUUGGAAUCGUUCGGGAAGUUCGUGGGCUGCUGGAUACCGGAGCGAACGGUGAUGCGUGGAAUAAAAGCUCUUCAACAGCGGACGAUUGUGCGGAACAGGUGCUUCGAACGAUCUACCAAGCGAUAUCGGCUUCCGCGAUACUAUACGAUGCAUGGGUCACCGUCAUUCGGCAGCUACCGGGCGCUGAAGACCAUCUGCCCAUCGAUCUGCUUCUGCUAACCAUUGCUACUACGAUCAACGAGGUAAAAGCGCCGCGUAUACGCAAACUAGUGAUCAAGAAGAUCGAACAGCAGUUCUUUACCGAUGCACACACCGACCUGUUGGUCAGCGGAUGCUUUCACCGGGUACUGCAAACGCAUCUGGAUGGAUUUCUGCAGCUUAUCGAGUGCUGUACGCGCGAGAAGAACGAACGCGUGUGCGAGUUCGGUGUGGCAGCGAUGAGUGCGCUGUUUUCGCUCGAUCAAUCGAUCGUGGCAUCGGACAAUCGGGUAGUGUUGAGCAAGAUUGUCGGUUUUAUCUGUGAAAUGGCGUCCGCGAAUGUGGCGAGCAGGAACGAUUUUCUCAUCGGUCGAUGCAUUGGUGCGUUGCGUAAGCUACAUGAAUCCCAUCCAAAAGAAAUAGAACGCAGUGCGGAACUGUUGCUCCGAAUUCUGGACAUCGCACCGGAGCUAACAUUAAGGCAGUACCGUCCGCUGAUCGGCGUGAUUUAUGCUGCUGUAAUUCCUUCCCAUCGAAAUGAUGAAGAUACGGAGCUGGCAUCCAUCCGGGACAAUUUGGAGAUCAUCGUGAAGAAGCAGCUCAUGUGUGAUAACAAAGACACGAAAAAGAAAGGCAUCAUUGGACUGGUCCAGAUGGUAUACCACCUUUCGCUUGUGCCGGGCACAGAAGAUGCACCCGAGCUUAGCUCGAGCUUCGAUUCCGAGCGAACGAUCGGUACGGUUAGCGAAAUUCCCACUGCAGUUGGCCGUAAUCUGGCCAAUCUCGUCAGUACGUUGUUUCUGUCCACCAAUCAGUCACCGGAUCUGCUCGCGAUCUGCUACGAUGAGUUGGCCAGCAUGUUGGCACAAGCGCGUCCACGGUCGGCUCCUGCAUGGGAGAAAACGUUCAUCAUAUGGCUUUGUGAUACGAUCACGAUGGAUUUCCAGGGGACGUUUCUGGUGGAAAAUGAAACAGCGCUGGCAUCUCGCGAUCCCACGAGUCCUGCUGGGAUACUACUUACGCGCAAUCUGUGCAUUAACAACACGGACGAGGAAGCUGCCAAUACGGAAGCGGCUACGAUCGCCGUUAAUGUUGGAGGUGGUGUGCUCGGUGGUGGAGGUAGUCGCCAUUCCACCAUUAGCUACUUGGCACCAAUUUUUCGCCUAAUGCGCACACUGCACUUCAUCCGGUAUGGUGGAGUACUGGAGUCCAUCAAUGCACUGCUGGGAUGUACGCUCGUUGUGCCCGAAGUUUACGGUGUUGCCGAGGAAGAGGAACGACGAUUUUCUGUCGAUACGUACGAUGAAACUUCAUGUACAUUGUUGCUAGAUAUUUACUUCUAUCUUAGCAACUGGUUCCGGGAAUGUAUUAGUGCGUUCGUUGGACAGACGGAUCGUGUGAUGCGCCGAAAGGUUCUCGAACGUCUGCAUGAACUCGUUACGCUGGAACAUCGCCUUGGACGCAUGCUGGAGCGAAUGAUUUCCGACAGCGAUUAUAUUCCACCGUUGGCAUCCGAUUUCAUGGAUCCGCCCAUUGCCGUCACGAAGAAGUUAAAAUUCACUGAAACUCAGCGUGCAGGUCGUCCGAAAGCAGGAUCGCACGACAAAACGGUCAAUCUGGAUGCACCGCUCAGCACACAAACUGUCGCCGCGACUACUCCUUCUAUGGUGGGACAGUUUAAUGAGCAAAGUUUGCUGCUACGCUGUGCCUUUGCCCUUCGUCGGAUGGAUCCGGAGUUGGUGCGCCUGUUUACCGUAACGCUGGUGCCAGCCCGUGUGGUUGAAGUACCGGAACAGCGCGGUACGUGCCUUGCACUGCCGGAAUAUCGCUUCGUGCUGGAAAACGUAACCGUUGCAUUGGAACAAUCGAGCGAAAUGGAAGGUCGCUACCAACGGUGUAUGGUAGAAUGCUGGCAAGAGUUUGUCGAGCGUACGGCAAUACUACAGCAACGGCUACACGAAGGCACGAACCGUCUGCAACCCGCUUCCAUUCAGGAGCUUUUGCCACUGAAAUCAUGCUACCUGUGGAGUCUUCGACUAACAACGGCGCUACUAACAUGGAAGCGAUUCCGGGAACAGCGCGGCCGAGGUGAUCUUGCUCGUGUGCUACGACUGUUAGUGGAGAAACUGGUCGUAAAUGAUGCUUCCGCUGCAGAUAAUUUACACUUAACCGAACUGGCAAAGCUCCUACUGCGAAAACUGAUCGUACAAGAAGCGUGUUUCGGUGAUCUUUCGAUCGCAGCUCAGCUGUAUCGACUUGCAUGUGCCAUCGGUGAUAGUGUUGGUGAUCGUACUAACGCCUCGCGUUCGAUAGCUCGAUUUACGCGCAGCGUUCUGACCUCAUCGGACAUCCGCACGGCGGACAGUAAAUCGAACCAUCACUUUACAACCAUCCUGGAUGGGCUUAUCGAUACCGUUGAUUUGAAACCGCUCAAGCAGCUUAUCGUAGAUAUGCGUCAAGAUGUAAGCAUCGACGAAAAGAUCGUUAGUGCCAAAACGGGUGGAAAAUCGAAAAACCAACCAGCGACCGAUUCCUCAUCCAUGAUCAUCCGCACGUUUGCUUCGUUCAAGCGUACACAAUACGCACUACUGUUCAAGGGUCUAUGUAGAGCUUUUCUGCGAGUGUUACAAGAUGAAAUACGCGUUCGCUCUGGUACGGGCGGUGGCCCUAAUCGUCGCCUUGAGCUAUGGGAAACGGCUUGUGAAGCCACCGGGGAACUAACGAAUAUCGUUAAGCAAGCGCAACAGGCAGGAAAUUUCGGUAUUUACCUGCGUUUUGCACGAAUCUUUAUCAAGCUUUUCCUCAAGAGUGGCCUGCCCGCGCUGGAAACUGUUUUGCGCUCUUCCGCUGAGCGAGCGUCCAACCUGUUGUCCACACUGCAGAUAACGACACGCUAUCUGCACAACGUAUGCUGCCAGACGAAGGUGGCCAAGGGUACCGGUUCAUCGGCAGGGGCCCUUGCACAGAUUCCCUUCGUGCGAGAAUCCGUCGAGACGCUGGUGUAUCGCGUAAAAGCCGCACUGGUUGCUAAUCGCUGUUCGGCCGUCUUUUGGAUGGGUAAUUUAAAGAACAAAGAUGUGCAAGGUGAACUGAUCGCUUCACAACUGCCCGAGCCAGACUCGGACGAGGAGGAAGUGCAGCAUGAUGAUGCAACCGAUGCGGGAUUGCAGGAUGCAUCAGAUAUUGUGGAUGAUCUGAGUGAUGAUGAUGGUAGGGAUUGUGCCCCCGAUGCGGGCAAAUCGUCGAAAGCGUCGUCCAAUCAACGUGCGGCCAGUGUAGCGAAAUCAUCUCAAAGUAAAUGCUUCUGACCGACCUUUAUUAUCUGCUCCAUAAUGGCAAUAACUUUGAAUAAGAUUUUUUAACACAUUGUCAAUUACCAACAUAAGUUAGCAUAGGUUAACGUGGUUCGUGACGCCAUAAAAAAACUAAAAUCAGCACA